AUGAGCAACCUCCGGAACAUCCUCAACGAGGAUUCAUCCACCCCUCCAUCCAAUGGCAGCCGCAACAGUUCCACGAGUUCUUCUCCCAUUGAUGGCCACUCCAGGGCUGGCGCGCAGAGCCCAGACUCUCGCGGUCUGGAGAGAAUGUCUCUCGACUUUGUUGCGCCAGGCAGCCGCUCAGCCCCAAACAGAGCCAGCCAGAGCUCGUACCACUCUGCCGGCUAUGCCCACUAUGGCUAUAGUGCAGAGUACAACCAGCAGCCGCUUCCUGUUCGUGGCCACCACGUCCAGACCCAGUACUCUGGCGCAUACGCUGCCGCUUCUUCCCAGCACUCUCCAUGGACCUCGGUCAACUCAGCAGCAAACUACAGGCGGCCGAGCACCGCAGGAAGCACAAAUUACUCCGAGAGCGAGUUCAUCGAUACCUCGGACCCUGACUCACCCUCAACCUACCACCAGGGCUCUCCAGGUGGCUCAUCUAGGAACAGCCGUGCCGAUACUCCUCGUCGCGAGCCCCGCCACACCUAUGGCGAGGAAGAGCGUGCAUUCAUCAUGGUCUGUGCCAUCUUGCGCGGUAUGACCUGGAAGGAGAUCGAGAAAGAGUUUCGCGACCGAUUCCCUGCCGGCCAAAAGCGACGUCACCAAGAAGCGGGCCUCUGGCCAACGUACCCCGACCAGGAGCGAACAGCUGGCGGACUCACCUGCGCCUACUAUCGCAUCCGAGAGCAAUGGGGAAUUCCCAAGGUCCGCGGUGUUUCUGACGAGCAGAAGCCGGAGGUCAAGGCUGUCGUCAAGAAGACCAUUCUCAACAUGCAUGACUUCCCGGACCUUCAGACCUAUGUCCAACAGUGCCGCUAG